CUUGCUGCUUCCCCCCUAGGUAUGCAGUGCUUUGUGGUCAGCUGGCUGAGCAUGAGAGCAUCCAGAGGCGCAUCCAGAGUGGCUUUAGCUUCAAGGAGCAUGUGGACAAAGCCAUUGCUCUCCAGCCAGAAAAUCCCAUGGCUCAUUUUCUUCUUGGCAGGUGGUGCUAUCAGGUCUCUCACCUGAGCUGGCUAGAAAAAAAAACUGCUACAGCCUUGCUUGAAAGCCCUCUCAGUGCCACUGUGGAAGAUGCCCUCCAGAGCUUCCUAAAGGCUGAAGAACUACAGCCAGGAUUUUCCAAAGCAGGAAGGGUAUAUAUUUCCAAGUGCUACAGAGAACUAGGGAAAAACUCUGAAGCUAGAUGGUGGAUGAAGUUGGCCCUGGAGCUGCCAGAUGUCACUAAGGAGGAUUUGGCUCUCCAGAAGGACCUGGAGGAAUUAGAAGUCAUUUUAGGAGACUAAGCACAUUUCACUGGCCUUCAUGACUUGAUGCCACUAUAAAAGUCAAAGCUUUUUUUUUUCUUAGACAUUCCUGAGAUCAGGCAAAUACUCAAAUCUGACUUCUGGGUCUGACUGCCACCUACUGCCAUUCCCCAUCGGGUAAUUUAUUCUAACCUCUUAACCUAAUCUAAAAUUGGGGAAGUACUGGUGGCCUGGGUUGCUGCUGUUCUCUCCCUUGAGUGAUCUCUAGGGG